UUGUAGAUGACUAUGAACCGAGUGAUUGUACUGCGAUUGACAGAAUUUCAUUGUCUUUACCCAGCGGGCUGUAUGAGAUCAAAAUUCCGGUCGUUGGUUAUGUGCGUGUUUACUGUGAAAUGGAGACCGAUGGAGGGGGCUGGACAGUUUUUCAGCGUCGAAUAGACGGCUCCGAGGAUUUUUAUCGAACAUGGACGGAAUACAAGGACGGAUUUGGAAAUCUUACAACUGAAUUUUGGCUGGGUGAUGACAAACUACAUUAUUUACUGAGUCAAGGACCGUACGAGUUCCGGAUGGACAUGGGCGACUUCAACAACCAGACACGUUAUGUAAAAUACACCAGUAUUUCUCUCGGAAACGAGACUUCUAAGUACGUCAUAUCCUUGAACGGAUUUUCUGGAGACCUCGGUGAUUGCUUUACAUCUGGACCAUCAGUAAAUAACAUGUCUUUCACGACAAAGGACCAAGACAAUGAUCCUUCACCCGGAAACUGUGCAAUUAACUUCCAAUCUGGAUGGUGGCAUAAUAGAUGCCAUUGUGCUAACCCGAAUGGCCUCUACUUGGCGGGCGAAACGGACAUCUUUGCAGACGGCAUCACGUACGGUCCUUGGCUUAGCCAGUAUUACUCACUGAAAAAUAUUCAACUGAUGGUUAGAAGGGUAGUGUAGAAAAGUGUCUGCUACAAGAUUAAAUGUAAUGUUAGAUUGAUCUAGGACAGGACGGGACGAGAGUUAGAGCAGACUACGGGGGCAGUGUGUGGAAGCAGCAUACACUAUUAUUAAAGGGGCAUAAACAGGAUUUGAUCUGAAAAUUGUCAAAUGUUAUUUUACGAUUUUUAAUAUUUACAGUGCUUAACUAAAAUGGUUUGUUUACUUAGUUUGAAUGUACUUAAAAGUUUCGUCUGAAGUAAGGAGAUUUUGCAAUUUACAAGUUCAUUCAAAACGCAAUUAAACAGUUUCUAGUGUUUUUCAUGUCUAAUUCUAUUUUCAAAAUGAUGUUUUCUACCAAGCAAUCUAUAUGUAAAUGGAAAAACACGCCACGAGCCUGUUUACGUAACAAGGAAUUAUGAGUGUUUUAUCUCACUUGUAACUCAACAACUAACAUUCAAAUUUCAUUGACCAUUAGAAUUACCUUAGUUUAGCAAAAUAAAGAUUCAAACUGUGUGGAAAUGGAAUUUGAAACUUUUCAUCUCAAUACUCAAAACCAUAUAUGUGGAAUAAUUCUUUUACUGAUUUCAUGAUAUCCUUCAGUUCCAUAUCUACAAACAUCUUUCAAAAGAGAGAUUACUUUUGUUUUCACAUGAUGCAUAGAUGGUCACGCAGCCAAUAUAUAUCCUUCAAUUCUGUGGAUAAACAAAUCCACAUGCUAUGAUUAAUAUAAAAAGAUUGCUUUGGUAAUCGUUUUAUCUUAAAUAUUCUGUAGAAAAAUAUUGGUAUAUAGAUCUUGUAAUCACUUUCAAAACAUUAUUACAAUAGAUUUUAUAUCGCGUGAUAGAAACGUAAGAAAGAGAUCAAUAGAGAUCGGUUGUCAAUCUGUGAAAUACGUAUAUAUUUUCUCAUCCGAAUGUAUUCUAGUAAUUAAUGUUGUUCAGCGGAUAUAACUCGACGUGGCGUUUUUAUUUCGCUAAAUUCACAAUUGUCAGUAAUUUUAGAACGCUCUGAUUAGAACUAUCACUGAAAUAGUCAAAGAUUGAAUAUUUAUAUCUGUGUUACGUUUAUUGUAUUAAUAACACACAAUGAUGUGAAAUAGUCAACAUUGGACAUCUCUCUGUGUUACAUUUAUUGUAUUAAUAACACACAAUGAUGUGAAAUAGUCAACAUUGAACAUAUCUCUGUGUUAUGUUUAUUGUAAUAAUAACACACAAUGAUGUGAAAUAGUUAACAUCUCUCUCUCUCUCUCUCUCUCUCUCUCUCUCUC